UCAAUCAAACACCCAAAGUUCCCAUUCAGUUCCAUGUAUAGGAAUUUAUGAAGGCACAAGUCUAUCCAAUCAGAACCAUCAUCAGAAAAUGAUUGACAGUAGGCAGAAAAGCCAUUCCAGUGUCGUACAAGAAAGACGAAGACGUACUAAAAAACAUGGCGGAACAACUUCAUACUUUUGCCUUCCCUUUUCAUACAAAAAUAAACGUGAAUACAGAAAGUCCGCAAGAGGAAUUUCCACUUCAAGAAAUUUCUUGCCAAACUCCGCAAAACAAUCAAGAAAAACAAGAAGCAAAGGAUGGAGAGAGCGAAGGAUUGAAAAACUCUCCUUUCCAGCUACGAAGACUUCCAGAACUAAAGAACGAACAACAAACAGAGAAAAAGCUUCCAGUAAUUAUAGAGAAGAAAGAACAAAGAAAAUCAUUAGAGGUCUUUUCACCGCCAAAAUAUUUCAUCUUUAAUGAAGAAAGAAGCCCUGUUCAUCUAAAUGUUGAAGCACUUAGACCUCAAAAAGAAAAGACAACAGGAGUGACGUUGUUUGAAGAUGACCUGAUAGAUGAGGAUGCUAACCAUUUGUUACGUUAUUACCACUGAGGGGCAGCAUACCACAAACUUUAAUCCUAUUUUUGAUCAAAACUACAACAUAGAUACGUUCUGCUCAAACAUGUAUGUUACAAAUGUACUGUAAUUACUAAACUGAUUUUUGAAAAAUAAUAAAUCUGACAAAAAGUAA